AUGUUCACCGACGCGCACGAUCCCUUCCCUCGAAACCCUAAUCUGAUCGGAUUCUCCUUCUCCUGGGAACUGGAUUACGUGAACGUGCUGAACAUUCUAGAAGAUUUGGGGAUUCCGGUGAGAUCUGAGGAGAGGCUUGAGAGUGGGUCCACGUGUUUCGUGUUCGGAGGGGGCGCGGUUCUCUCGGCCAAUCCGGAGCCGUUUGCGGAUUUCUUUGAUGUGAUUUUGAUGGGCGACGGCGAGGAGCUUCUGGGAAGCUUCGUGGACGCGUUCGAGGCGUGUGUGUCGGGAGGAGGGGGGGUGGAGGGAGCCAGUGGUAGCAGCAGAAGCAGCAGGCGGUUGGAGAUUCUCUCGGCUCUGGCUCAGGUUAGUGGGCGUGUGUGUGGGGAGGAGGGGUGGAGGGAGCCAGUGGUGAUGGUGGUAGCAGAAGCAGAAGGCGGUUGGAAAUGCUCUCGGUUCUGGCUCAGGUUAGUGCCAGGGGUGUACGUGCCUCUGCUGUACCGGGUGGAAUACCACAGAUCCACGGGACCCAUUGCUGACGUGUCACCCCUGCAACUGCCAGCUGGCAGCACAAAUGUCAGCAGCAGCAUCAGUACAGGAAUGAUGCUCCCAGCAGCUCCUGCAGUGGUGGAGAGGCAGACGUACAGAGGCAAGCAGCUGGCAACGUCCACUGUGGUGUCUCCGCGCAUGGCGUGGGAGGGGAUAUACAUGGUGGAGGAAGGCAAGCAGCUGGCGACGUCCACUGUGGUGUCGCUCGCCUCGCAUGGCGUGGGAGGGGAUAUACAUGGUGGAGUGACCUGUGAGUUGACUCAGACGUACCGCAGCAAGCAGCUGGCCACGCUCAACCAAAUCCUUUGCCGCUCUCUCCCCUUCUACCCUCCUCAGGUGGUGCGCAGUUGUCCCGAGGUGGUGCGCAGCUGUCCCGAGGUCUGUCGCUUCUGCCUCGCCAGCUACUCCUCUCUGCCCUUCCGCCCUGCCGCUCUUGAGGACCACCUCAUCCCCGCUAUAGAGAGAGGCCUGCAGGUGACCAACCGCAUAGGCCUGCUGGGCGCAUCAGUCACACAGCACCCACACUUCGACAGCCUGCUCUCCUACCUGCUGCAGCCGCACAUGAAGGACAUUCGCCUCAGCAUUGCAUCAGUGCGCACCAACACAGUGACCGCCAAGCUGGCAGCGGCGUUGGCGCAAUCUGGGACUCGGUCGCUGACCAUUGCGGUUGAGAGCGCUGGACUCAGCAGACACCAUUGCAGCAGCAGUCAACGAACAAGAGGGGGGUAUUUGCUGGACUCAGCAGACAUCGUUGCAGCAGCAGUGAACGCACAGGAGGGCGGCCUGUCGGGGUUGAAGCUCUAUGGCAUGGUUGGGCUCCCCAGCGAGACGGAUGCUGACGUGGCAGAGACAGUGGGCAUGAUGAGGGAGCUGAGGAGAGCUGCUCCCCGGCUCAAGCUCACCCUCGGAUGCUCCACCUUCGUGCCCAAGGCGCACACGCCGUUCCAGUGGCAGCCGGUGCAGCAAGCAGCAGAGGCGCGGCUGAGAGUGCUCGAGAAGGAGAUGCAGAAGGAGGGCGUGGAGUUCCGCCCUGAGAGCUACAAGUGGAGCGUGUGGCAGGCUGUGCUCUCAAGAGGCGACCGCCGUCUGUCGAGGCUGCUGCAGAGGGCGCGCGAGUUCGGCGGGUCGCAGGGCAGCUUUGGGCGCGCCUUCAAGGAGAUGAAGGGGCAGGUGGGGGAGAGUGAGGUGCUCCCGUGGGCUCACCUCUCGGGCGCUCUGCCAGUGGACGACGUCUUAGGGCAUCUACCUCUCCUCUCAGGCACCUCUGCUCUCAGGCACCUCUCCUCCCAGGCACCUCUCCUCUCAGGCACCUCUCCUCUCAGGCACCUCUCCUCUCAGGCACCUCUCCUCCCAGGCACCUCUCCUCCCAGGCACCUCUCCUCCCAGGCACCUCUCCUCUCAGGCACCUCUCCUCCCAGGCACCUCUCCUCCCAGGCACCUCUCCUCUCAGGCACCUCUCCUCCCAGGCAACUCUCCUCUCAGGCACCUCUCCUCUCAGGCACUCUGCCAGUGGACGUGCUCAGGCAGGCCUCUCAACACUCUUAUUUCUCCGACUCGCUCGCUGCCAGUGGGACGAGCUGUGGUAGCAUGCAGGCAACGCGGCUGCACACUCAAGGCCACAGUACCCCUCACCCCACCUGA